AUGGCAGAGCAACUUGCUGAUAUUCUGAAACAAAUUCAGAAUCAAAAUCAUCAAGACAAUCUUGCAAUGCAGAAUCUUAUCGCAAAAUUGUUUAAAGAAGGAAAAUCAGAAGAGCAUUCAUCGUCAACAUCCAAGCCAACAGAACCAGAAUUCAUAAUUGAAGCACUUGCAUCAAACAUCACAGAAUUUUGUCACGAUCCAGAAAAUAACAUUACAUUUGACACUUGGUACAUGCGGUACGAAGAUCUGUUUCUAAUCGAUGCUGCAAAAUUGGAUGAUGCCGCAAAAACACGAUUGCUUUUACGUAAAUUGAACACCAUUGUUCAUAAUAAGUACACCAAUUAUAUUCUACCAAAUCAUAGUCGUGAUUUUACUUUUAAAGACACAGUAGAAAAACUUAAGAAACUUUUUGGAAAUCAGAUUUCAUUAUUUAAUACUAGAUUCAAUUGCUUACAGAUAACAAAGCAGCCCACACAAGAUUUCGUUACAUAUGCGAGCAUGGUUAAUAAGCAAUGUGAAUUAUUCAAACUGAAUGAUUUAACUACAGAUCAAUUUAAGUGUCUAAUAUUCAUUAUGGGGUUAAAGUCACCAUCAGAAUUUGAAUUACGCACAAAAAUGUUAAAUAAAUUGGAAAAUGAAAGCACGAAAGUCACGUUGGAGACCUUAUCAACAGAAUGCCAAAAGAUACUAAAUUUAAAAGUCGAUACAAUGCUCAUAGAAAGCAAUGCACAGGUAAAUCGUUUACGUGUCAAUAACCAUAAAACUGAAAAACAAAUCAAAAAUAAUGGCAGGUCAAAAGAAUCUUCAAGUUUACCGAAAACACCUUGUUGGUUUUGUGGUGAAUUUCAUUACUCGCGGCACUGUCCAUUCAAAAAUCACAAAUGCGACAGAUGCAAACUUGUCGGGCAUAAAGAAGGAUAUUGCAAAUACCGAAAAACUCAAAAUGAAAAUCAAAAAUACCAUAAAAUUGAUAAGGGCCGUCAAUUCAAUUCCAAAAGCAUCUUUACUACAAACAAAGUCAAUAUGAUUAAUCGCAAAUACAUAUUAGUCAAAAUUAAUGGCACACCAUUAAAUUUGCAACUUGACACAGCAUCAGAUAUAACAAUAAUUUCUGAAGACAAUUUCAAAAAAAUCAAAGCCGAUAAUGUUAGCGAAUCAGAACAUACAGCACGCAGUAAUCACAACGAAACCAAACGUUCAGCCAGUAUUUAG